CCCUCUGUGUAAAGAAUUUAUUCCCGCUUUCUUUUUUAAAUCUGUCUCAGUUUAAAAAUGUGACCCCUAGUCUUGAAAUCUCCCCAUGCAAGGGAGAGGAAAACUACUAUUAACCCUAUUUAAAUUCCUCAUUGAAGUUGUAGACUUGCUCGCUGAGUCAAUGUGUUUGGUUGCAAACGUUUCAUCACCCUGCUAGGUAACAUCGUCAGUGUGCCAUCACUGAAGCGUUGGUGUUCUGUCCUGUUUGUUAUUUAUAUGCUUCAGUUUGCUGCAGUGGUUGGUAUUACAUCCAGUUCUGUUUUUCAGUGGUUUGUUUAUUGGGUCCAGUUCAAUGUGUUUGUUGAUGGAGUUCCAGUUGGAAUGCCAGGCCUCCAGGAGUUCCCUGGCAUGUCUCUGUUUGGCUCAUGCUAUGAUGGAUGUGUUGUCCUAGUCAAAUUUGUGUCCUUCUUUGUCCGUGUCUAUUGAGACCAGUAAGAAUUGAUUGUGUCUCUUGGUGGCUAUUUGGUGUUCAUGUAUCCUUAUUGUCAGUUUUCUUCCAGUUUGGCCUAUGUUAUGCUUUUCAGUCCUUGCGUGGUAUUUUGUAUAUUACGUUAGUUUUAUUGGUUGUGGGUAUGGGAUCCUUUAUGUUCGUCAAUAGCUGUAAUAGUGUGGGUGUUAGUUUGUGGGCUACCCUGAUACCUAGGGGUCUGAGUAGUCUUGUGGUUAUCUCUGAUAUGUCUCUGAUGUACAGUAGGGUGACUAGUGUGUCUGGCUAUGUUGUGUCUUCUUGUUGUGGUCUGCUGUGGAGAUAAUAGCCUAUUUACUUUCUGGGUAUCUUUUUUUAAAAAACUCCGUAUAAGUGCUCCUGUUCUGCAUUGCGCAAUUCCAGAUUGUUGCAGUGUGCUGUGGCCCAUUUGAGUAAUGUCGUGAUGCAGCUCCAUUCAUGAGUGUGGGGGUGGUGGCUGGAGCAACUGAUAGUACCCAGGUUUGAUGUUGGAACUGUUUAAUUUUCUUAACCUGUCCAGUGGGCUCACCUGGAAGAAUCUCAACUCUUCAGUUACAGACAGGUCUUCACUUAAGCAAGUGUUGUAGAAAUUAAUAUUCUUCAAUUUGUAAACCGUCUGCUCAGGCACAUGAAACUAUGCAUGUGCAGACGGAACUCUUCAUUAUCAGGCCACCCUUAACUUGGCACUGCACCUCAUGACGGAUCUGAAGGCGGUAUGAAGAAUGCAGCAAAUAUUUAAGGUUCCAAGUUUGACAGACGUCAAUGAUGAGGAUAGUUUGGAGAAACUGGAGUUGUUCUCCUUAGAAGAAAGAUUGAAGAUGUGUAACACUCAAAAUAUCCAAAGUUGUGAGGAAUCUGGAGAGAACGGAUGAAGAGAACCUUCUCUUUGGUUGAAGGAUCAAAAACCAGAUCUGAGGUAUCAUGUUCAACACUGGAAUUGGACAGCACAUUCUGAAGAAUCCUUUAAUUGUGAAUAGCAUCAUUGAAAAGGCUGCUAUUAGACCUACAGAUGUCAUAUUGGAAGUUGGACCUGGAACUGGUAAUAUGACUGUGAAACUUCUGGAAAAGGCUAAAAAGGUAAUUGCUUGUGAACUUGAUACCAGACUUGUUGCUGAAUUGCAGAAGAGAGUUCAGGGCACACCUGCAGCAAGUAAACUUCAAAUAAUGGUUGGAGAUGUGCUGAAGACAGACUUGCCAUUCUUUGAUGCAUGCGUCGCAAAUUUACCAUAUCAGAUCUCAUCUCCAUUUGUUUUUAAACUACUGUUGCACAGACCAUUCUUCAGAUGUGCAGUGUUGAUGUUCCAACAAGAAUUUGCUCUUCGGCUUGUUGCAAAGCCAGGGGAUAAGCUAUACUGCAGGCUGUCAAUCAAUACACAGUUAUUGGCACGUGUAGAUCACCUGAUGAAGGUUGGAAAAAACAACUUCAGACCACCUCCAAAAGUUGAAUCAAGUGUGGUUAGGAUAGAACCAAGGAAUCCUCCACCUCCAGUGAACUUUCAGGAAUGGGAUGGUCUGGUCCGGAUAGCAUUUGUGAGAAAAAACAAGACUCUAGCUUCAGCUUUUAAAUCCAAUGCAGUUGAGCGAUUGCUGGAAAAAAAUUACAGAAUACACUGUUCUUUGCAUAAUAUUCAACUACCAGAAAACUUCAGCAUUACAGAAAAGAUCCAGAAAAUCCUGGAAGAAACCAAUUUUAAUGAAAAACGAGCUCGUACAAUGGACAUAGAUGAUUUCAUGAGGUUACUUCAUGGUUUUAAUUCACAAGGAAUCCACUUCUCAUGAGCACAUUGCUCUGGCAUUCAAGUCGUUGAUAACGUCAAAUGUAAAUAAGAAAAUAGACUUGUUACAAAUCCUAUUAAAAAGCUUGUGAUAUUGAGAAUGAUUUUAAUAGUCAUUUCGAACAAGUUUAGUCUGGAUUUGGGUUGAAACAAAUACAACUACUCGUAAGUGAGCAUUUACAUCCUUUGCACAUAGCCAUAAUGUAAUGUAAGGUCACGUGAUUUGUUCCCAAAUGAGUAUAUACUUCUGAAAAUAAUGUACUGCUCAAAGUAGCAGAAAAUGUAUAAUUGUUCAUUCUGAAUAAAAUUUAAUGUGUUACUUC